GGGGCUGUGCGCUCGGUGCAGCUGCGCUCGUGGCGCUCGGACGGCCCGGACCUACUCGGUGCUCGGAGUAUGGACGGCAGCAUGGACGGUUUGGAUCUGUCCUCUGGCAUACUCAUUGAAUUUGCUGACAAUGGCUCGGAGGAGAUUGGCUCAGCUGACUAUGGAGACUAUGGAGAGCCAUGCUUUCAGCAUGAAAACGCUGAUUUCAACCGGAUCUUCUUGCCAACCAUCUACUCCAUCAUCUUCCUAACAGGAAUAAUCGGGAAUGGAUUGGUUAUCAUUGUUAUGGGCUACCAGAAGAAGCAAAGAAGCAUGACUGAUAAAUACAGGCUGCACCUCUCUGUGGCUGACCUCCUCUUUGUCAUCACCUUGCCAUUCUGGUCUGUGGAUGCAGCCAUAAGCUGGUACUUCGGAAAUGUCCUGUGUAAGGCAGUUCAUGUCAUUUACACAGUCAACCUCUAUAGCAGUGUCUUGAUUUUGGCUUUCAUAAGUUUAGAUCGUUACCUGGCAAUAGUCCAUGCCACCAACAGCCAGCGACCCCGAAAGCUGUUGGCUGAGAAGAUUGUGUAUGUGGGUGUCUGGCUGCCAGCUGUGCUUCUCACAGUGCCUGAUAUAAUUUUUGCCAGUACGAGUGAAGUAGAAGGACGGUAUCUCUGUGAUCGCAUGUACCCUCAUGACAACUGGCUGAUUUCUUUCAGAUUCCAGCAUAUCUUGGUAGGACUUGUCUUGCCUGGUCUAAUAAUCCUGACUUGCUAUUGUAUUAUCAUAUCUAAGCUGUCACAUUCAAAAGGCCACCAGAAGCGCAAAGCCUUGAAGACAACAGUUAUCCUCAUUCUUACCUUCUUUGCCUGUUGGCUGCCGUAUUACAUUGGCAUCAGCAUAGACACGUUCAUCUUGCUUGGAGUCAUCAGACAUCGCUGCAGCUUGGACACAAUCGUGCACAAAUGGAUCUCUAUCACAGAAGCCCUUGCGUUCUUCCAUUGCUGCCUCAAUCCAAUUCUUUACGCCUUCCUGGGUGCCAAGUUCAAAACAUCAGCACAAAAUGCCUUGACAUCUGUUAGCAGAGGAUCAAGCCUCAAGAUUCUUUCAAAAAGCAAACGUGGGGGACAUUCUUCUGUUUCUACAGAGUCAGAGUCUUCAAGUUUCCAUUCCAGCUAACGCUUUCCCUUGCCAUCCCUUCAUAAAUAGACACUUUAAAAGUUGCUCAAGAUCUCAGAAAAACAAGACUGACCAUAUUGUACAGAUUUAUUUUACAGUUGGAAUUUUUUAUUGCUUCUUUUAGUCUUUGUGAAGUUUAAUUGACUUAUUUAUAUGAAACUUUUGUAUUGAUAAACUGUCUAGGCAGGUCCUGUGGACAAGUGGUUAGUUCACAAAAGCUUGAGUGUUUGUUUGUAUAGAUAUGUGAACUAAACACUGGAUUGUAGCAAGUGACUGUUAAAAGAUUAGAAAAUAUUUCUGUUUAUAUGUAAAUGUUUUCAAUGUUGUUAAAUUCUUAAAUGUUGGCUGAAUAUUUUUGCCUUACUAGAUGUUUGGUUUACGAUAGCUUAACUCUGCUGUAGAAAUGGCACUUAUAACUAAAGCUGCCUCUGUUACAUGUUAGGGCUCGUUGUUUUUGUUGUGGGUUUUUUUUUUUUUCCAUUAUCAGUAAUUGAUGGUUGGACUUUUUUUUCUUUUGUUCAAGGUAAAUAAAAAUAUAUGACAAAAAGUCA